CCUCGCUCAGAGGUAAACAACAGCUCAUUAAAAUACAGACAUCGAUUUAAACUUUAAUUUGCAGCUCAUAAAGUCAAGGCGUGAUGGCAGAAGAUGAUGAAUUGGAAAAGCGCGCUGUAGAGGAGCUGCUGAGGGAGACGGACCGAGCUCGGCUGAGAGCAGAGACCAUGGGCCCUGCAGGAUGGUUGAAAUGUCCCUUACGGAGCACCAACAAGCGCUUCCUCCUCAACACCCUUCGCUCCACUGGCCUGGAGCGCCGCACUGAUGAACCCAGACCUGGACGCUCCAGUACAAGAGGGCGUCUGAGAGACGAGUCUCCGGACAGACGCUGCGACCGCAGCAGAACCCCUCCAUCCGAUCACAGGAGUAGUGGAGGCCAAACAGAUCAUAAACAUCACAGCCGCAUAAGCCAAGAUAAGAGGGUGGACAAAGAUAAAGACGGACGCUACAGACACAGAGACGACAGAGAAAGGAGACAUCUCGAUGGACAGAACCGAGACAAAGACUGUAGACCACAGACUUCUUGAAUGACCCAGGUCUGUUUGGGGAGGAGCACUGUUUCUCCCAGAGACCGGCCCCUGUCCCAGGAGAAGAGAGGUGGACUUGAAACUGAUCUCUGAUCAGCUAGCACCUCUUACAGAGCUCAGAGAGCCAGUGCUGAUCACUCUGUGGUGUAGACAGGGCCAAAUAACUUAUACCUGAUUUAAAAAAAAAAGAAACUACAAAAAACCCCACCUGAACAUAUCCUCACUAUCUUGCCUAUUAAGUAAUUAACUAAAAAUUUGAGACUCCCAAAAUAAUAUACAUUUAAUGUCAUUCUGGGUGUUGUGGUUGUUUUUUUUUUUCAACUUUAAUUUGACCAAAAAAAAUACAAGAUGGCUCUUUUUUUUUAAUCAAAUUUUUUCUGUAUUUUUUUUCCCUAACUUGAUUCAAGAUAGGUGGAAUUUUGUUUAGGAAGGUCAGAUCUCAUUCACUAUAUCAACCAUUCUUUUACCAUUAUUCACUCGUGUUUACAUAAGCGCAGUUGUUUGCCACAAGGUAAGCUCCUUUUAUCACAUGCCAACUUUUUUGACACGUGUACACCAUCAGAAACUGUUUUGUAUGUUACAAAAGAAAGAAAAAACUUGCUUUCCUGAUA